AUGACGCGGGACGGCGCAGGCGGCGGCGGCCGCUCGCCCCGGCGGGGCGCGGCGCAGCCCCCCGGCGGCCCCGCGCAGCAGGAGGGGCAGCGGCGCGAGCUGGAGGCGCUGCGGGCCCAGCUGGAGGGCGAGCGGGUCCGCUCGCAGGAGCUGCGCCGCCGCCUCGCCGCCGAGACGCGCGAGCUGAAGGAGGCGGCGGCGCGGGAGCGGCGGCGCCUGGCCGAGCAGCUGCGCUCCAAGUGGGAGCAGCAGCAGGCGCGGGAGCUGCAGCGGCUGCGGGAGCUGAGCCAGCGGCAGCGGGCGGCCGAGAUCCGGCAGCUGCUGCGCUGGAAGGAGGCGGAGCUGCGCGAGGCGCAGGAGCUGCUGCGGCGGGAGCGCGACGCCGCCGUGCGCCAGGCGCGGGAGCUGCAGCGGCAGCUGGCCGAGGAGCUGGUGCGGCGCGGCGGCGGCGAGGCCCGCGGCGGCGGCGAGGCCCGCGGGCGCCUGCAGGACGUGCUCGGCCAGCUCCGCUGGGAGACCGACGGCGACCAGGCCGCCCGCAUCCGCCACCUGCAGAACGAGCUGCAGCUGGAGAGGAGCCUCUUCGUCAAGUACAUCCUGGAGCGGUCCGAGGGCGAGCCGCCCGCCUCCCCGCGCGGCGCUGGGGCUGCGGCCUGGCGCGGCCCCCAGGCCCUCCUGGGCGGCAGGACCCCCCGGCCCUGCUCCUGGGAGAGCCUCAUCACGUCUCGCACCCCUGACGGUGAAGGGCUCCGGGCCCUCGCGGGGGCCGGCGGCCGGAUCAAGCCUCCGUCGGCGCCGGGGGAGGAGCUCGGUCAAACUCGGUCUGUGCUAGAGGACAGCCACGCUGAAAGCCCCAGCAUGGGGCAGUGGGUGAUCCGCAAGGGUUUAAAAGACACCCACCUCCAGGAGGAAGGGGACAGCAUGCAGUUUCUGCCGGAGGCUGUGGGUGGAGAGUUGGUGCUGCACUGUCUGGACUCCCCACCCGAAGGAAAGCCGGGCAGCCGGGGGCCUGUGGGAGAGGGGAGUAUUCCGAGAGUAGGGCAGCAGGAGGACUGGCUGCUUGACAGCAGGUACAAGGAGCUCGUGGAGCAGAACACCCACCUCCAGAGCGCCCUGAAAGACCUGGAGAAGAGAUGUAAUGACCUUCAAAACAAGAACUGUCUUCUGAGGAAGAGGAGCUUUCCAGAAGUGCGGGAGCAGGUGAAGAGGCUCAAGCAGAAGAACGCUGAGCUAGCUGUCAUUACCAAGCAACUGGAAGAAAGAUCUAGGCAACUACAAGAGACCAGUCUCAAGGCGAUCAAUACUCCAAUACCACGGCCCAUCCAAAGCUCCAGCGUGGAACUGUGCAUGAAAUCAUUUGCCCAGCAGAGGGCUAAAGAAAUGAGAGCACACGCCAGAACUCUUCUGGUGAAGGAUAAGCAGAUAGAAGUCUUGCAGAAGAAGUUUUGGGAACUUCAGGCCAAACUGGCUGCAGACAAAGAAGGCUCGUACUGUCUCAGUUUCAGUGACUUCAGUCAUUUGCUAAGCAAAUCUCGGAAAGAAGCGUUAUGCUCACAGAGACAGAUUGCAGUGAGGAACCUAAAGGAAUCUCUGAAUUCCUCCCAUAGUGUUCAAGAUGUUUCUUCUCCAGUGUACCUAGUACCAAAAACAGUGGCAACAAGCAUGGAUUCAAGCUUAGAUGGCUCAUCUUUGUCAAAGGAGACACAAACAGAAAUUACCACAUUGACAAAAGAUAGAGGGUCAGUGGAAUCACUUUUAGAAACAGGAUCUGAGAAGUAUGAAACCACCACUUUAAAGACAGACCAAGUCAACAAGCAGCAGAGAGAGCACUUGGGAGUAGAGCUUGGUAAAAAGCUUAGGCAGCACAAAAACUUGGAACAAGAAGUUUCAAAAAAGCAGAAAAGAUGUGAGGAGUUAGAAGUGCAGCUUACAGAGAUGAUGAAUGAAAAUGCCAGACUUGCCAAAGAAAAUUCUCAACUCGGUGGGAAGACAGAAUGGACAGAAAAGGUUCAAUCUGAAAACACUGAUCUGAAGGUGAAACUAGCACAAGUGACAGAGGAGCGAAAUUCUGCCAUCCAAGCAACCAACUGUCUUCAAAUUAAAUUGGAAGAUCUAGAGCACAAACUGAAAGACAUGAGAGAAAUAGCAGAAAGAAAGCAACAGCUGGAGAACGAGCAUGAGGAAACAAAGUUAGUGCUAGAGAAGAAAGAAGAGGAAGUUAAGCACUUACAGAGGGCUCAGGUAGAAGUAAAAGUUGCACAUGAAAGAGUCAUGCAGCAGUUUCAAGCCCAGGUGAGAGAGUUAAAGAAUCAGUAUCAUAAUCAAACUGAACAAUAUAAUCUGUUGUCUCAGAAACUUGAACAAUUGAAAAUAAAGAAGUCCAACCAUAUCAUUUCAGAGCUGCCACAUGUUACAUGUUUUUCCGCAGCACAGACCUAUGCAGAGGAUGCCCGUGAUCUUUGUUGCAGUGAAAAUAGUUCUGAUACUUUUGAGAAGCCAACCAAAGCCCUGGCAACCCCAACAAGUAGCUUGAAAUCUGAUUCCACACAGGGGAGUCCUAGAUCCUGCCCUAUUUCAGAGGAGGAUGCUGUAAGUGAGACAGAAGAAUCAGUAGCAGACAAACCUUCUUUAAUUCUAGAGUCAGCAAGGCAACAACCAGCAAAACUUAGAGUAUUCUUAGCUCAAUAUAGCUACGAUCCUUAUGAUGGUCCUAAUAAGCACCCUGAAGUAGAGCUUCCUCUAACUGCUGGAGAAUACGUUUAUAUCUUUGGAGACAUGGAUGAGGACGGUUUCUUUGAGGGAGAACUGAUGGAUGGCAGAAGAGGGUUGGUCCCUUCUAAUUUGAUAGAGGAAGUUUCAGAUGAUGACCUGGUGAUGACUGUGCUUCCAGAACUAAGUGAUUUCUUGCAGAAUGCAGAUCAUGAAGAGACUUUUUGCAGCAAAAGCGUUCACAAUGGAGGAAAAAAUGAUGGUCUUGAGGAAGGAAUCUGUGUUAGUGGAUUGGCUGAUAGGCCAGGAGACACAGAGAUUCCUCUUAAUCAUGCAGCCAUACCUUAUCCAAGAAACCUCACUCUAAUUAAGCAAUUUGCAAGAAGUAUUAUUAUUGGCUGGGAGCCUCCACUUGUACUAGGUGUGUGGGAGGAGGUGCAGAACUAUAACAUUUCUGUAGAUACUGAGUGUAGCUUCUGUAGCCAGAAUGUGAGAUUUAGCUCUGAGACUCAAGCAGUGAUUGAAGACCUAGACUUAAAAAAUAAGACCUACCGAAUUUCAGUUCAAAGUGUAACAGAGAAAGGAAAUUCAGACAAGAUGCAGUGUACUAUCCUCAUAGGGAAAGACUUCCAUAUCGCUCCAGAAUGUUUGGAACUUAGGAGCAUCACUCCUACUUCAGCAGAGGUGACGUGGAUGCCAAGCAGCAGCAAUUAUUUGCAUGCUGUGUACCUUAAUGGAAGAGAGUGUGCUAUAUCAAAGCCAGGUGUUUACUGCUAUACUUUCCAAAGCUUGCAACCCAACACUCAGUAUGAAGCAAAAGUUGAAGCCUGCCCUAAGGAUAUGAAAUGGCAUGUUCCCCAGAAGUCGGAGCAAAAUUCAGUAGCAGUUAGAUUUGUUACUCCAUCUGCAGGUGUACCUCAUGCUCCACUUGAUGUUCAAGUGGAACCUGGACCAUCAGCAAGUGCUUUGCUUAUCAGUUGGCUACCAGUGACAAUUGAUGCUGAAGGAUCUUCCAAUGGAGUACAAGUUACUGGUUAUGCUGUGUAUAUCAACAGACAAAAAGUGAAAGAAAUUGCAUCUCCAACAGCUGGGAGUGCCCUGGUAGAUCUGUCCCGUUUAGAAGUAUUCCAAACAUCUCAGAAGGUUUCUGUGAGAACUUUGUCUCCAUAUGGCGAAUCUGUUGAUUCAGUGCCAGCUCUGAUUCCUCCAGCCUUGCUGAGUGCUCCCAGCUGCUCCUGCCUGCCUAAGUCUACAUCUGUAAGACUGACACCUGGAAAGCCAUAUGAGGAAUUCCCAGACUCUCAGCCUUCAACCCAUAGCACAUCCUCUUUCUCCUCCUCCUCACAGGUAAAUAUAGCAAGUCAAGAUGCCAGAUUGACCAUUCACUUCACUGAUAACUGCUGCGACUCUGUAACUUCACCCCCAACAAGUGUUUCCCAAAAUCAGUUUUCUCACAGCUCUAUCAUGAUGCAUGAGCCUAAUGCAUUGCCAGUAAAGUCAAGCACUGCAAAAAAUGAAGAUGAUUGUGAAUGCUUACAAACUUAUCAGCAGGCACAAGUCAGCGUGCAGUCAUCAAGACUUAGCUUUCCUGCUGCAUGGCAUGAAGAAUCAUUAGGUUUUAGGAUGUCAGAAGAUUUUGUUGAAGAUGUUCAGAGGAAUAAAACAGAAAAACACUGUGUCCUUAAAAGCAAUUUACUUGAAAGUCUGCCGGUCACAAGCAACAUCAACAAGUCUAGGAUGGUCCAUUAUGUUGAUUCUGAUAAUUCUGUUGAAUUUUCAGCUGCUCAAAGAGAUGCUAAGGAAGAUGAUGGAGCUUGCUUGAGCUCUAUACAUCUAUAUUUUAGUCAGCCUGAACUGGAGAAAGCUAGUUCUAGAGACAGUGGAACAAGUCAGUUCUCUGUCCAGGAAAUCCUAUGUGAUUCUACUGAUAAGAAACAAAUAAAAGAGUUAUCUGAAGAAAUCUCCAGUGUGGGGCGAUCCAAAGUGGAAAAAGAGGAAGGCCAAACAUCACAAAUGGAAAAUUGGAAGUUGAAUUAUCCUGAUUAUCACAGCCAUGGUCUUUCAGAUAUCUUGGAAGAAGAAGAGGGCUUAGAUUUAGGUAUUCAGGAACUAAAUAGCAUAGAGACUGCGGAUCAGAAUAAUCCUAGUCUAGGUAUUGUGGCACUUUUUGACUAUGAUCCCAUAUCUAUGUCCCCUGAUUUUGAUGCAGCUGAAGAUGAGCUGCCAUUUAAAGAAAGGCAGGUUAUAAAGGCGACUGGUGACAAAGAUACUCCUGAUUUUCAUGGAAGUGAAUAUGCAGAAAAAAGCAGAAUAUAUUUCCUAUAAUGUAGUGUCUGAGGCACAGGUGGAAAAACAACAAAAUGAAAGAACAAUUGCUAAGACAAUGUUCCAUUACUUAAGGAAAAACAAAAAAAAACAAAAAAAAAAAAGAAAAAACCCGGUAUGAAUUUAGCAGAGCAGAAAAGAAAGAGUAGUUCAUCUCACACAGAAUGCAGCUGGAAUGAGAGCAAGGUUGAACAGUUGCCUCCAAAUCAGUGGCAGCAGUCUUUGUCCUGCAGGGGAGAACUCACUAAGCAUAGAUGUGGAAAGCAAACUUGCAUGCAACUCUCACAGCAUUUGGGUCUGUGGAUGGUGAUUAAUUUUACUAUAGGGAGUUAGAUGGACAGGGAGGCUUCAUCCCUUACAGUUUCCUAAAAACUUUCUCAUGGGAGAAAAAGUAGAAAAUAGAAAUGUCUAAAAAGAUAUAAUUGUAAAAAAGAAGAACCCAGCUUCAGAGCAAAGCUAAAGCACGAAUUUUUAGAUAGAGAUGAAAAAUAUGAGCAUUACUAAAAACUACUUUGACAGGUAUCCAUGAAAGUGCUUCAGACAAUCUGUAUGCUUUUA